AUGCUGGGGUGGUUGCUGCUGGUGCUGGCGGCGCUGGCGCGGGGCGGCGCUGCUGAGACCCCCGACUUCUCCUGCUUUAAGCAAUGCAGCUCCUGCGACUUCCUCUGCUCCUGGCCGCCCCGCGGCCCCGCCGGCAACACCACCUACGUCCUGGUGCUCUGCUACGCGACGUCGCGGACGUGCCCGCGGUACGAGGCGGGUGCCGCGACGACCUACACCCUGCAGCGGCACCGCGUCUACGUCCUCACCAACACCACGGCCUGGGUGGAGGCGUGGUGGGGACCCCACCUGCACCGCAGCCCCAACCUCACCCUGUACCUCAACGAGGCCGUGAAGCUGGAUCCUCCCCCCGACGGGAUGAACUUCGCCAAGGCCAAGGGGCGCCUGCAGCUCCGGGUGCCAUGGCCGCCGUUCCGCGGCAGGGACCGAGCGCUGAGCAGGGAGGCUCGCUUCCGCAGGGCGGGCAACCACAGCUGGACGCAGGUGCUGUGCGAGACAGGGAAGAGCAAGGACAGCAAGGAGGACACAGUGACCUGCGACCUGGGGGGACACGCUGCCUUCGAGGUCCAGCUCCGGCAGAAGACGCAGCACUGGAGCAGCUACUGGAGCGACUGGAGCAAAUCCAUCUUCGUCCCUGAGGAAAUCCUGGAGAGCCCAGAGCUGAGCUUCCAGCUGGGAAAUCUUGGGAAAAAUGGGCAGAGGCUGCUGCAGUUGAGCUGGCAGAGAGCUCACGAGGAGCAGGGGAACGUCACCUACACGCUGAGCACCCACAUGCCGGCAUGCCGCUGCGCCACGCUGCCCGAGGCCGACGAGGUGGUGCUGGGACCCGAGGUGACGGCGCACAACCUCACCCUCUGCGGGGCCGAGUACGAAAUCCUACUGACAGCGACCAACGCCGCCGGCACCAGCCCCACGCGGCAGCUCCACGUGCCAGCCGAGCAGCACGCAGAGCUCAGCUUUAAGGACGUCAGCUCGGCCGGCGAGGCGGUGAUGGUGCGAUGGGAGGCGCCGAGCCGCGGCUUCGCCUACUGCUUCGAGCAGCAGCUGCUGCCGGGAACGCCCCAGCAGGGCGUCUGCGUCCAGCAGGAGUUCUCUGCAAAGAGCUCCCACCUGGAGAGAGGGUCGCUGGAAGUGCCGGCGUGUUACCGGCUCGCCGUGCACGGCCGGAGCGAGGAGCAGGAUUGGGCCACCUUUGCCCUGCAGCAUCAUUUCACCGGCAACGCCUCGCUGGCCUCCUCCAUCCACAUCAACGCCAGCGCCGAGGCCGCCGUCCUCCGGUGGGAACCGUCCCCCCGUGCCACCUGCCCCGGGGCGCUGGCGAGGUACCUGGUGUGCCACGCGGCUGAAGGGGACAACGUGACGUGUGAGAGGGCGGACGGUGAAGCGGACGCGUCGGCCUCGCGCUACACCCUCCGAAACCUGCGGCCGGGCACAGCCUACAGGGUCGGCAUCCAGGAGGUGACAGCGGACAGCGGGGGCACCUGCAGCAUGCCGUGGCACUUCCAGACCAUGGCGCUGGGUCCCAGGCUGGCAGCGUGGAAGUCCAACCUGAAGUACCUGGGCAUCUCGCUCGGGCUCCCCGCCAUCGCCGCCGUCAUCUACCAGCUGAGCAAAAGGAGGGCCCGGCAGCUCCUCUUCCCCCCGCUGCCCAAGCCCGUGGGCAGCAGAGCCAUCCAGUUCUCGGCCAGCGAAAUGAGCCAGGACAGGCCCUGGAAAGGCUUCGCGGAGCCCUCGGAGAAGUUCAACCUCGCCGAGCUGCUGGUGAUGGAGCCGAGCCCUGAGCAGGAGGUGGCUGACAGCACGCGGCCCCGCACGCCGCAGCCCGGCCCCAAAGAACCGGUGGAGCUGGGGCAGCCGGGCUGCAAGAGGGAGCUGCCCUUCGAGUACCGGCGGCAGGAGGUGCUGAGCCCGCUGUCGAGCCCAGCACCAGCAGAAUCCGGGGAGGGUCCCACCUGCAGCACCGGGUGCUCCGGCCACUGACCGGCGGAGGAGGGCGCGGGGAGCUGGGGGCUUCCCCGGCCGCUGGUUCCCCUCGCCCUGCUCAUCUCCGACAAGCCAGUCAUCAUCAGGGACGAGGAGGGCUCGGAGCUGCUGCAGGAGAAGUCGGUGCUGUAG